AUGGAAACGACAAACCGUACGCCAUAUCAAGUACUCUGUAUUCAUGAGACGGAUGUAGACAAAAAUUUAACUAACAUUUUUCGUCAAAAAAUCCUAGAAUUCAAACAGGAUCAAUUGCAACCAGCUGGACAACAAACGAUCUCUAUCGAAACUUUUCGACUCGUAUGCCGCGCCUACGAAACGUUAUCAAACCCUGAUAAACGAAAAAGGUAUGAGCAAACAAAGAAAUGGGAAUUUCAUAUUCCUGUCGAGCAUUACACACUACAGCAAAUAGUCGCUGAACCUAAUCUUUUCUCUCUAUUGGAGAAUCGUUGUCAAAAUGCAACACUGAGAGAAAUCAAUUCUCAGCAUCCCGAAACUGGCCAGACGCCCCUCUAUUGUGCUGCCCGUGCUGGCAAUGUGAAAGCAGUUCGCUAUUUAACGGAAUGCGGUGCAGAUCCAGAUCUCAAACAACGAUCAAAAAGCACUGCAUUGCACGUUGCUUCUUUCUAUGGACAUCCAGAUGUGGUUCUAUGCUUACUAGAAAGUGGAGCUAACUAUUGUCAGCGAAAUGCAUAUGGUAAUCUAGCUGAAGAUGAGGCUUUGAAUAGCGCUGUCAGGAAUUCUUUUACCGAAUUGAAAAAAGAUCCUUACGUGCAAGCAGCAGCAGAUCAGCUUGAUUGGUUCAAGAUCAAUGCCGAAAAUCUCCCGCAUCCAGAUUAUCAAUAUCAUACCCUAUCGCAAACGUUAUUACAUUGUGCUAGUAAAAAAGGUCAUAAAGAUCUUGUUAAGUGGCUCGUGGCAAAAAAAAAGUGCAAUCUAGACGUUGUUGAUAUCAACUUAAAUUCAGCUUUACAUUUGGCGGCACAUGCUAAAAGUCGUUCUAUCAUCAAAUAUCUUCUCGAUAAUGGUGCCAAUCCAUCGCUCACUAAUAGAUGGGGUAUGACCGCUGAACAAGAAGGUUCUAUUCAAGGAGAAUCGGUAAAAAGGAUCUUUGAAUCGAUACGCAACGAAGACAUGUUCAAAAUGGCGGCAGAGGGUGUCGAUUGGUGGUUUCAAUAUCAUUUCGGUGAUAAGUCGCCCGAUGCGACGAAUACUGCUGGUGUAACCAUACUCUAUGUUGCUUGUCGCUAUGGUAAAACAGCUGUAGCCCAAUGGCUUUUGGAGCACGGUGCUAAUAUCAAUAUGCGAAUUCGUGAUGGAUCGCUAAGCACAUCUUUGCAUGGUGCAGUUUAUCAUGGACAUAUAUCUACUGUUGAAUUACUAUUGAAUUAUGGUGCAGAUGUAAACCUUCGGAAUAAAUAUGGUGCUACUGUCUUCGAAGAAGCCCGAUCGGAUGACAUGAAAAAACUCUUACAGCAAUACCGACAAAACAUGAAAGAAAAUAGAUUUAUUUCUGUGCACCUUUUCGGAGAUGGUACUAGUUAUGGAAAUGAACCAUUAGUCAAAUUACAGUUACCCUGUAAUGCCACAUUUGCUGAACUUAUAGAGUCUAUGCCCGAAAGAUUACGCAAGAUCUAUACACACUUUUCAAUGGCUCGACGUCCGUUAAAUAUUAACACCGAUGAUAUCCCAGUGGUUUCAACGGUAUGUCGUGCUCGAUACGGAAAAACAAAAUUUAUUGAAUUACCACUCUGUGUUACGGCUCAUGAAUCAGCACGAUAUACUCAUAGUGGUCAUGUUAUGGGCCCCGAACUUCCUUAUCUUAGUGUACGUGAGUUUCACAAAAAGUUCGACGAGAUCUCUGAAACGGCAAAAAUUAAAAUUAGACCUAUAAAAGAUGAGUCACAAACUAUCAAAAUAAAAAACUUAUCAUUUAUUUUUCCGCCUGAAUGUGUGGAGAAUAGUGUAACUCUCUAUGUUAAUUACAUUUUUCCACCAGAUUUUCAGUCCUUUUAUUUAGAAGGAUGUAUUGGUAUGUUCAAAACACGAUAUAGUAAUCAUGAAAAUCGUCUCAAUAAAAUGCCAACGGUAACCUUUACUGGUGAAACUACUGCACAACUAUACACUUGGACUCAAUCUUCAGCAUAUUGGUUUACUUCUAAUAGUCGAGACACAAGUUUACCUUUGAUUGAUGGCGUUCACGCAUUCAUAAAAACUAUAGAAAUUAUUCCCUCUCUACUCAGUCUUCCUGGCGACAUGUUUCUUCAGAAUACUCUUGGUAAACCACUCAUAUCACGUCAAGAUCCUGUGCCUUGUCGCUGUCUUAAAAUUCGUGAACACAAUGCCCGUGUGUUUCCGCAUAUCGCUUAUCAUGGAACGAAGAUUCAAGUUAUUCGUUCAAUCCUUAUGGAUGGAUUCGUAAUGCCAAGUACUGUAGUCUCGAGUGGAUUGCGUGUCAUCCCUCCCAGUAAUCAUAUUGCUCGAGGUAUCUCAGCAUUUGGUGUCGCCGAUUUUUGCAACGCCAUAUUCAUCAGUCCAAGUAUUCAUUAUUGUUCGGAUCCAUGCUAUGCUGUAACAUUCACGUACGAUGAUGAAUGUCUUUUUCCUGUAAUAGAAUGUGCUGUCAAGAGUGAAUCUUAUCGUGCCUUUCCAUCAACAGUUAAAUCUUAUACUGCUAAAGCGAAUGAUGAGAUUGAAAAAAUUGAAUGGCGCCUACAGAAUCCUGCAGACAUCGAAAUUCUCUCUAUUCUUUUUAUUCCAAUGGUGAAAUCAAGAUCUAAAGCAGCACGAUCUCGAGCGAAAAAACUCGGUGUUGAUCCGAACAGAAUCUCUUCAAAACCUUGA